CUCUAGUCUGCACUGGUCAAAAACAAAGAGCCUCAUAAAGGGGUCAGGUUUCAAGCUAAAUUUACCACAGAUGUAUUUUAAGAAUAAGAAUAUAGCUGGUUAUCUGGGGUCGCUUUGAAUUUUGUGUGAACCACAUCAAAGUUAAAUGUCAAUGUUAAUGAUCCAUUAAAAAAAAGCAUAAGUAAAUAAAGAGGUUUUAAAGCCAUUAAUAAGGGCAUUCCUUUAAACGCAUAUCUAAAAGAUAUUGCGCAAAUGUGGCAUAAUGCAUAAUGUGACACAAUGUCGUUUUAUUCUACUGGUAAAUCCGUCUACCAGCAGAGGGCAGCAAAGGCAUUUCUUUCUGGCCGCUAACGUCACAUGCUCUUGCGGCCUGUAGGAAACAGCUCUGUUGUGCAGCUCUCGCUUUUGUCUGUUUUCUGUCUUUCUAUACGUCUGCACUCUUCACGAGAAGUAAGAGAAGCGUGUAUGAGCAUGUCUGAGACCCCUGUCUCUCUGUCCAGCAGGAGUGGAAGACGCAGAGGCGCAGAGGAGAUCCUGGCAGAGAUCCACUCUGAACUGCUGGAGUGCAAGGUGUGUUUUGAGAUCUUUUCCACUCAGCAGAGGCUUCGCAGGCCCCGGAAUCUCCCAUGUGGUCAUGUGAUCUGUCUGGAAUGUGUUCACACCCUGGCCAAUCGCACCCUCCAGCAACUUGAGUGCCCCUUUUGCAGACAGCUGUGCGACAUGGGUGGCACCUACGAUUGUCAGGCCCUUGUGGCCCUUCAGGAGUUGCUGGGUUCCGAGACCCCGAGAUCCUCAUUUCUGUGCUCCGAGUGGACAGUCCAAACCCAUGAGGAAAGGUUGGGCAUCAUGUGUCUCCACGCUGCCUUCGGAGGCUGGGGUACACUCAUCAACCCAACAGGCUUAGCUGUGUUUGGGCCGUCAGGAGCAGUGGUGGUGGUACAUGGAGGCCCUGAGAAGGCGACUGUCUUCAGCCCUCAGGGCGAACGCCUGCACGGGUUUGGCCGUUAUGGACGUGGCUCUUCCGAACUCUGCCAUCCGCUGGAUGUCGCGGUAACCCCCGGCGGCCAUGUUGUGGUGACUGACGGAGGCGACAGGUCAGUUAAGAUGUUCUCCUCCAGAGGAAGCCCUCUGGCCUGUGUCACAGGCCCUUUUGAACUGCCGUGGGGCGUCGAUGUGGACAGCCUCGGGCGCGUCCUGGUCACGGAUGCCCAAACAGGCACCCUCUGGCAGGUGACGGUGGACUUUGGCCGCAGCAAGGUCUUGGCGAAGAGGGUGGUUGUGAGAGAGCUGCAGUGCCCACGUUCUGUGGUCUCCUGCAGAACGUCAGGACGCAUCGCUGUAUUGGAGCAUGGGCUCGGAAGACCACGCAGGGGGGAUGCUAUGCCUGUGCGACUGAAGCUCUUUACCAAGGACUUUAUUCUCGUAAGUCAGGUGGACAGUUUCAGCCUAAACCUAAUGCCCUCCAUGAGGCUGGAUGUUUCCUCUGUGGCCUUUGACAGAAGAGGGGGUCUGGUUGUGUCUGACACUCGUCGGGGACUCGUGUGGAGUUUGGGUGACCUGCACAAAGAGCCUGAGCUAACUCCAGUUGUGGUGGAGGGACUGUUGCAUCCAGUGGGCUUAGUGACGAGACAGAACUUUCUGAUCAUCUUGGAUAGUGGAGACCACACUGUGAAGAUAUACAGCACAGACAACUAAUACAGUGAUAAAAGAGAACUGAUUUGAAACUAUGUUCUUGUUAUUAGAGUUGUUUGGUGUUUUUCUGGUACACAAAUUACUAGUUAAAAGAAUUUUGUUUUUGCGAUAUAUGAAUAUGUAUUUGUGAGUAUGCAAUAAAUUCAGUGCCCUCCCAGCCUA